AUGCCCGCCGGCACACUCUACAUGGGCGCUCGCUCUUUUACACCAAACUCAUCUCGUCAUCCCCGGACUCUUCUCCUCACCUUGGACGCCUUUGAAACCCUGUUCUACCCACGUCCCCCAGUCCCCAACCAGUACGCUGCGAUCGGCCACGAGUUCGGACUCUCUCGGACUGUGGUGACACCAGACAAGCUCAAGGCUGCUUUCAGGGACGCGUACCGCAUACAAGCCAAGCUAUAUCCGAACUAUGGUCGCGCGGACGUUCUCAAGGGUCGGUAUGGAGGGCCAAAACAGUGGUGGGAGGAGGUGAUCCGGGGGAGCUUCGGACAAGUGUUGGCCUCGGGGGCAAGCCAAGAUUCUUCGCAGCAUAAAUCUCCGGAUUGUGGCAAUGUCAAUCUCCCCGCUGGCAUGAUUGACGCUCUGCUUGAUCGUUUUGCCGGCGAUGGGGGCUACACAUUGUACGAGGAUGUGGCACCAUUCUUCGCCCGUAUGCGCGAGCUAAGAGCGUCCUCAACGACUCCCUUUGACCGUAUCUUGCUCGGCGUGAUAUCCAAUUCAGAUGACCGAGUUCCUGAGGUGCUGAAGGCGCUGGGGCUGCGAGUUGGGGAUAUGCGAGCUGACCAGGACAUGUCGAGCAUGGAGCUGCCGGGGUUCGAGGAACGAGUCUCUGGGCACACGGCCCGGCCACAACAACCCAAUACGGCGAAUCAGAGGGCUCAAGCGGAUGCCGACCUGGACCUGGUGAUUACGAGCUACGAGGCUGGCGCGGAGAAACCGAAUCGGCUGAUCUUCGAUGUUGCAAAGCGACAGGCCCGAUUGUUAGCACGGCGUGAUGCGCACGCACACGGCUCAACCCCAGCUGGCCUGGAUGAAACCGAUGACUGGACAUGUGUCCAUGUCGGUGAUGACUAUCAGAAAGACUAUGUUGCCGCGAUUGACGCGGGCUGGGGAAGCUAUCUUCUUGAACGCGAUGGUGGUCACGGACGCCCUCCGGGAACUAUUCGCUCGUUGAUGGAAUUGCUUGGCCAGCUGAAGCUAGGCUUCUAA